AUGCCGGCCAACAUCAAGCGCUUUAGCUUCGUGACGACAGACGAACUCCAGGAACCAGCUCGCCUACGAGGGCAGUGUCGCCUCGUGGCCCAUCACCGUGCAGACGUUGGAGAGGUCGCCGACCCACGGUGGGCGGCCCAUUCUACGGACGUCUUCGUGAUCGCCGCCUGGUUCGGGUUCGUGCGCAUCAGGCGGGAGGCGUUGGCCGAAUGGUGCAUUGAAUGGGUGGAGGCCUGGCACGACCGAACGCAGGAUUGGCUGAACCUCGAGCCCUUUCAAGGCUCUGCUCGACGAGCUCAUCCAGGCGGUUCGUUGUGCGCGGGUUGGCCGCCUCUGGGCGACUGCUUCGCCGCCUUGUCCUUUGCCAGCUGCCAGGUCGAUGCUCACGAGGGCCAUCUUGGUGUGCUCCUGGGCCACUUCGUCGAUGACUCUAACGGCACAGAGGGUGCGGCCGUCGCGGACACUGCUCACUUCAGUGCCAUCUUCGGAUGCACGGGGCGGGCAGCCAUUUUGAAGGCGUUCAUCUAUGUCUUCGAGAUGAUCGCCCAAGUCCUGCCACUCGUCACCUUCGCCAGGCGCUUGUCGCAGCAAUGGAAAGCCUUCAUCGACAAUGUCGCCGGGCAGUUCGCCCACAUGAAGGGCUAUGGCAAGGACCUCGGCGAGGCGCAGGGGACAUCGACUUCGCCUGCCAUCGCGCCCCUGAGUGGUUGUUGGAUUUGGCUCCCUGGUAUAGGUGCCGGCGCCUGGUGGAGCGUGGGUGUGCCGGGCGGGUACAGAAGUUUCAUAGUUCCCGACUCCACGAGCUUCGAACCAGCCUUCUGGUCAGAGACCCUACCCAGGGCAGAUGAGAAUGCAAAUUGGAUUGUGACUAGCGUCCUCUUUCUCUCCUCGGCGGGGGCCUUCCUCUGUGGGACGUGGAGUCAAACGCUGGGCAGGAUAGUCCGUGAUAUGAGCGAUGGUGAUAUCUCGGAGGAAGACAGACGAAAACUUCACGAGGAGGGCUGCCUGGAGCUAUCCAGGCGCCCUGCAUGGGAGGUGUGCUUGCUGGUCGAACAGUACUACUGGCAAUUUCACUCGCGCGUGGCCUCCUUGCUCGAGGAGACCCGUGCAAGCUGGGUGGACGAUGGCGAGGAGCGUCCGGGCACGGCGGCUGCCUGGGAAGUCAGCCAGAAGCUGGAGGAGGAAGGCCUUUACGUCUCCGCUGUUCAUCCCUCCGCGGAUGAGGAAGAUAAUUGGACCGGACCGCGCUUCUAUAUCUCCAUCGUCCCCUCGGCCAUCCAGGGCGGGCCUGCCCCCCGGCCACCCAAAGAGGUAGAGGAGCUGCUGUGGCCAAGACCACGCGAUCGACUUCAGCCUUGGAUUACUGAGCUGGGCUGGACCAUGGUGCCAGAGGGAUCCAACGAACAGACGCUGCACGCGGACAUUUUGUCCUGGGAAGAGGAGCCAUCGCGCCCACGCAAGGACGGCCUGGGUCGCUUCCAUCACUUCUUGUGGAAGCCGAGCCGGCGCGAAUGCUGUACUACCAAAAUUGUCCACACCGCCUUCACCGAAGGUUCGGUUGAGGAUUGGCACUACGACAGCUUGUCCCAGGUCCAGAGCCCGAGCUUGGUUCUUGACAGCGAAGUGCUGCACUGCGGGAGCGCAACUCGAAAGGGCUGUUGGUCCAGCACCUGCACCAUCCAGCUCUGCUCUGCUCGGGGCUGGCGAGCUCUCCAUGCUGAUGGUCGCGCCACACAGGACUUGCUCUGGUAUGUGUGGCCGAUCGAAGAGGCUGCGGCCAAGACAGAGACUUCCCAGCAGCCCAGGACGGCUGGAACGAGCGCAAAGCUGUCUAGCAAGCCAGCGAACACGUGCGGACUCGAACGCGAUGAGAUCGUGAAGGGUGCUACCUACACAUGGUUGCGGUGCGGUCUUCUGGGCCGUGGCUCCGUGGGCACAGUUUGGAAGGCGAGGAUUGCCAGUACAGGGGAGACCGUGGCCGUGAAGGAAGUAGAUUUGGACAGGGAUUUGCAAGUCCCCAGUGAAAUCGCGAACGAAGUCGCCACCCACCGCCAGCUCAAUCACCCCAACAUUGUCAAGCUGCUUGGCACGGAUGCAGUACUAGCCAGAUACUACAUCUACUUGGAGUUCAUGGCCGGAGGGUCAUUGCGGCAGGUGUUGAAGCGUGACGGGCCCUUGAGAGAGGUCCAGAUCUGCAACUAUGCCUCUCAGCUCGUGAGUGCUCUGAGCUACAUGCAUCGGCAGGCUGUACUACACCGAGACGUGAAGACUGGCAACAUCCUCCUUACGGAGGACAUGAAGGGCGCAAAGCUCGCAGACUUUGGGUGCUCAAAGAAGUCCAAAGUUAGCGCCAAACACACUUUUCGAGGAUCUGUUCUCUGGAUGGCCCCUGAGAUUAUUAAUGGUGAGAAGUAUGGUUGCAGAGCCGAUAUUUGGAGCUUGGGAUGCACAUUGAUUGAAAUGAUUACAGCCCAGCCCCCCUGGGGCAAGUUUUCCUCGCAAAUGGCGGCCAUGAUGCAUAUUGCUUGCUGCGACAAGUCGCCACCACUCGAAGAAGAGGUCAGUCCCCACCUGCGGGACCUCGUGAGCAUUUGCACGCGACGGGCUCCGAAGGAGCGCCCUCGAGCCUGCAAGCUUAUGAACCAUGACUUCCUGAAUUCGUGCGGCCGUGAGUUGCCCAUGGAGCUUACUUGCUCUGACAGCGAUGUGAAAUGGAGUGUGGAAAUGGCAUGUGCCCCUCUGAAGCGUCCAGCUGCACCCAGCCAGUGGCACCGGGAUGCGCAGGUGGAAGCUCUGUGGGAGGAUGGCUACUGGUAUGCUGCCAGGAUCGUGAAGCGCCAGAAGGAUGGCCGCUACAAGGUGAGAUGGGAGGGCGAGGACACGGUGGCAUCGGGCUUUUUCGCCGCCCAUCUGCGUGCUCGGCAGCUUGAUGACGCUUCGUCGGCUGAAAGGCCUCGACCUGGCAAGCGACGGCGUAGCUUGAAUACGCAAGAGAACUGUCGUGCCAUGGGCCUACUUCGGCUUCGUCGGCCACCGCCGCUGCGACGGUUGCGCCUUCUGAAAAGGAAGCGGCGGCCAACCGCGAGUCUUAUCGCUACUUCUGCGCAGCAGGACAACUCCUGUCGCUCAAGUCCUGAUGAUCUGCCUGAAACAAUGCAGCGGAACAUCGCUUUGGAGGCAGUCCGUGUCGGAAACUUCUACGCUGAAGACCAGCAAGAAGUGAUCCGCUACAUUGCGGAGGUGCAUGCUGACCUGCUGGCGGAUGCUCAGUGGCUUCGGAAGAACCGCGGCAAACUGAAGGCAGAGAACGGUCUGACAAGGCGAUAUUCGGUGCCGGAGAUCUUGUGCAAGAAGCAUGAGGUGGAUGGCUUCGACAUUUUCGCAGACCCAGAUGAGGCAGUCCUAUUGGCGGAGCGCGCUGCAAAGGAAGGCGAGAAGACUUCGCGACCUGAGCUGCCACCGGAGGAGGCACAGCAGAUUCAGGAGGGCCUGGACGAGGUGGUCGCGUCGGCAGCCGGCACUGGCGGACCCGUCGGCUCUGACGAGGUGCUUGAGCUGCUGGAGCGUGCAGUGGCUGGAGGGGAGGCAGAAGACGGACCUUGUAAAGCAUCACCUCUUUACGUGUCGCUUCUUCCUGCAAUCCGUGGAAUUGCUGCAGGCAGAGAUGUAGAAGACUUGAAGACCUUCUUGCAGGUUGCAGCUUCCGUGUACUUGAGUGAGCGCAUUGAGGCGAUCAUGAAUCAUGAGGUGUUCGCGCUCUUGUUGAAUCAGUCCAAUGAGUACACGAAAUCCGUGGGCAUCCGUGGGCAGAAGGCGCAGUUGCAGUUGGCAUCGCCGCUGACGACUACACCAUCGCCCAGUGGCCAGGAGGCUGAAUGUCCUUAUUGCAUACAGACAGAUGGCAAGUGCUACUUCCCCGACAGGGGCCAGCAAGCUUGGUGGGAGAACGAUCAUGACAAAGCCUGCAGCGACUGCUCGCUUUGUAACAGCGAAAGUGCCAAAGGUUGGAAGAAAGUCGAAGAUCACGAUUGGAUAUUCGCGAUGCAAGGAGCUGGCUGCACCGUUAAGAAUUCCCUGGGAGAGGAGACAACAGACUGCUUAGAGUCCGUCCAGGAUCUGCACACGGGGAAGUAUGAACGAGGAUCGUCUUGCAGCGUUCUGCUCAAGAAAAAAAAGUACCUGACCUUUGAUUCCUUCCUCACAGAGAAGAGCUGGGACCGUCUCAAAGUAGUCGACCUCAACGAGUCCGAGCAUUUGCUUCACAGCUGGAGUGGGGAGGUGAAACCGGCUGCCCGACUCUUUGAGAACUCUUGGCAAAUCCAGUGGAAAGCAGACUUUUCCGUGGAGAAGACUGGCUGGAAGCUUUGCAGUGGCUGUCCUACCGGCAGCCAUGAUGACUCGCACGGAAAGUGCAAAUGCUCCCCGGGCUUCGUCUGCAAGGAUCGGAACCAAAGACAGUUGCCGAUCCCUGGAUGGGAUAUCAGCUGGAUCAAAAACUGCUCGCACGCAAACAACUCAGACGCAACCUUCACACCGGACGAGAAGGGCAUCCAAUGCAUCAGCGAGAGAGAGGAGUUCACUGUUUAUGUUGCUGUCAUGCUGUCGGGCGCUUUUGAAGUGUCCGCCAUGCUCGUGCUUUCAUCGACAGCCUACCUUUUGCCGUUGUGCCUUGGGCUGUACCUCCUUGCAAUGGUGGUCUUCACAGUUGCAUCAACCUGUAACGAUUUCGACACAAAGAGCUGGGAAGCAAAGCUGCGUGGCUUCUUCGCUGAGUUUUUUGUGGCAACAAACGAGUGUUGGUGCCGCCGGCGUGGUGCUAUCGUCUAUGCCUCGCUCCUCUCCCUGCUGAUGGCCUGUUGGACAUUUUGUUUCCCGGGAAGCCCCGUUUUCUUGUGGCCAUGGGGUAUCUUCUAUGUCACUUCAUUGGCAAUCUUCUUCUAUCACCGACGUCUGGCCUUGGCUGCCGAGGAGGCCAAGCAAACGCUCUCGUGUUGGAGCUGGCAAUGCUGCCUUUGCUGUCUGUGCUGCUGGAAUCCUUUGGGCUCCUGUCUGCCGCUGACAACCUCGGAAACCUUGGAGAAGGCUACUCGGGCACAUCUGCGGAGCCAACAGGAGAUGCAAGAGAUCCAUGAGCCCUUGAUGCCAUCAACGGCUCCCGGCGACGCCGACAUCAGUUCCCCUUUGCACCGCCUGCUUGCAAAGUCGAAGGCGGACGUUGACAAGGAGCGUUUGCAGAUGCAGUUGUUCCAGCACCUGGUGGAAAGGGCCCAGAAGUCCGAAGGCUUCGAAGAAGCGUCUGCCAGUCGCCCAGGCACGACCAUGCUCUGGUUGGCGAAGUGGACGGUGCAACAGCCCGGAGCGAACAUCGGCAGCUCAAAAAAAUGCCACGCAGCCUGUGCUGAGCUUCUCCCGAUUCUGUACUCCUUCCUGUGGUCGCUUGUAGUUGCAAGGAUCUGUCUCGAGCACCAAGACGGCUUUAUCCAACUACUUCUUCCGAGCGCGUUGGGGAACUUCGCCCCGAUCCUCGCUGACUACGAGUUCGACCUGGGUAUUCUCCCCACUUGCCUGGCUGUGCACUUUGCUUGCAUUGCGCUCAGCAGUCUUAUCGAGAGCAGGGCGGCCGCACAGCGCUUGCGCGAGUGGCUCUACACCUAUGGACCUCUUGAGCAGUGGAAGGAGAUGUACCCGAAAGCACAUGAGAUGUCCGAUGUCACCUACACCAUACAGGGCCAGGGGGAUGAUCCAGCGCAGGUUGAUCCCAAGAGUGACACCACUCCAGACGACAUCUGCGGCUUCAAAGUCUUCCGAAAAAAUGCAGCCCUCCCGAGCUCCAGAGAGGUUACCCUGAAGGUCGUAGCAACGGCUGCCACUUUGCUUAGUCUGGGUGGAACUUUGUUCUAUCUCAGAUACAUCAGCUACGGCUUGCGGGAGGCCAGCGGGGACUGGCAGAUGAAGCGCACCUUUGCCGUGACGUACCCCGUCCUUUUCUACUUCCUCCUCUGGUUGCCUCUGGUCUGGCAUCGGCUUUUAAAUGGGAUUCUCUUUGCGGCUGAAUGUUCCCUGCUGAAGCGUACUGCCAAUGUCUUCUUUGACGAUGUCUCGGCUGGAAAGGAGACGAGGGGGGAUGUGAAGGCGCUGCUCGAGACACUGGGAUGGAAGGUUCAGGACAUUCUAUCAGACUGGAGGCUGCUGGUGAAGGUGGGCUUCGUCCUGGAUGGCUUUGCUCUUGUGACCGGUGGGAUGGCGAGCUAUCGCCUGCUGAUCCACUAUGAAGUGACCCAGUUUGUUCCGGUACUUGCUUGCAACUGCCUGACCAUCCUUUCCUUCCUUUGCCUGCAAGUGGUGCCCAUGGUCAUGUGGAAUGCCUUUCUCGAGGAGGCUGCAGGGAACGAGGAAAACACCGACCCUGUGCUCUACAUGUGGCUGUCGCAAGGCUACCUGAAGAUGCAGGUCUUCGGGCUCACCCUGAGCCCGGCUUACUUCUUGGGCCUCGUCUUGUCGCUCGCUGCACUCGCAGAGCCCUACAUCUCGGACGUUGUCACUCCGCCCCUGACGGAGAUGCUGACACAGUGA